AUGACACAAGCUAACCCACUAAGUGGACCAUGGCAAAAUUGUGCUGCAGACAUAUUGGGUCCUUUACCGUCAGGAGAGAAUUUACUUGUUAUAGUGGACUAUUAUAGCAGAUAUUUUGAAGUAGUUAUCCUCAGGUCAACUACAAGCACAAAAGUCAUCGACAACCUUGAGCCACUAUUUACUAGGUUUGGAGUUCCCCACACACUUAAAACGGACAAUGGUCCUUAGUUCAUUUUAGAGGAGUUCAGAGUCUUCCUUGCGGAAAAUGGGAUAGAACACCGAACAUCUCCCCCUCUGUGGCCCCAAGCAGAUGGGGGGGGGGGGGGGGAAAAAGGCACCCGGGGAGCCAAAAUGGAAGGGAAGGAAAACAAAAAAAAAAAGGGGGAAGACAAUUUUUCUUUAAAGUUUGGGAAAAAAAAGGGGGAAAAGUUCCCGAGUUUAAAGGGGGAGGCCCCCCCCCCCACCAAAAAAAACGCGGCCCCGGGCACGGCAAAAAAAAAGACACAAAAAUGGACCACUAUUUUCUGUGUUUUGGGUUCCCCCCACACUUAAAACGGGAAAGGGUCCUUUGGUUAUUUUAGAGGAGUUCAGAGUCUUCCCUGCGGAAAAUGGGGUAGAACACCGAAAAUCCCCCCCCCUGGGGCCCCAAGGAGAGGGGGGGGGGGGGGGGUAGAAAGUGAUCCAGGUAGCUCAAAUUGAAGGAAAGGAUACUCAAAUGACAACUGGUGUAGCACUAUUCUGCUUAAUGUUUGGGUAAGAAAUGUGGUCAAAGUUGCCAGAGUUAAGACGUGAGGCACCCAUCACCAAUCAAGAAAUCCGUGCCCGGGACUAGGCAAGAAAAAUGACACAGAAAGAUAACGUGGACACAAAGAGACAUGCAGUUGAGGGUCAAGUGGAGGCUAGGGACUAAGUAUUAUUGAGAAACACCAAAACAAACAAACUGUCUCAAAAUUACGACCGCAGUCCUUGUGAAGUCAUAGACAGAAAUAGAGAGGAAGUCAAAUUAAGGAAGAAAAAUGGUGUGGAAAUAAAACGAAAUGUGUCACUUUUGAAGUACCAAGAGAAUGGUACUUCAGAAUCAGAAUCAGAAUCAGUGGCACCACUUCAACCAACUGCUAGCCCAAUUUCAAUGCAGCAGACAGUUAACCCAAGUUCAGCUAUGCUUUAA